ACAAAGUAAUCACCCUUCUUUUUUAAUGCCUUUGUCACACCAAUCCUCUCUCUUUUCCUUUUACCUUUUCACACCCACACUCACUCUCACUCUCCCUCUCACACUCUCUCAAUGACCAUGUUUUCAUAUCUGUGUCAUGUUUUGUGAAAACCCUCAUAUUAACACUCCAUUUGGUUAUUCUCCUGAAUCCAAAAACACCCAAAAACAGUUUCUGGUUCGAAUGGCUAUUCCAGCUUCAGAGGUUCUGUUUUUAUUCUUCCUGUCUACUCUUCUUGUCCCUUCUUCUGAAGCAUAUCUGUUCAAGGAUGUUGAAGAACGACAAAUAUUUUACUAUGAAGCGAUUCAACAUGAUGUAGUUUUUCCAUCAACCCCAGUCACAGUGACCGUGUCUCCGAAUAAUUCAGCACCAGCAAUUAUCACUAUUCCCUCUACAAACCCUGUGCCUGUACCUAAUACAAAUCCAGCUAAUCCACCAGCACCAGUUACAACCCCGAGCACAAAACCGGGGGGUCAACCAGUGAGUAACCCCGUAACAACUUAUCCUAGCCCAACUGGAGUAGGCGUUCCGGUGACAAACCCGGUGACUCCUCCUGCAGCAACAAAUGCUCCAGCAACUACGGGGAAGAGUUGGUGCGUGGCAAAGACUGGUGCACAACAGAGUUCGCUUCAAGCGGCUCUUGAUUAUGCUUGUGGGAUUGGAAAAGCAGAUUGUUCGGCCAUCCAGCAGGGCGCUACCUGUUAUAAUCCUAACACUUUGCAAAACCAUGCAUCAUAUGCCUUCAACAGCUAUUAUCAGAAGAAUCCAGUGCAGACCAGCUGCGACUUUGCUGGGACAGCUGCGAUAACCAAUGUGAAUCCUAGCGUGGGAUCUUGCAUUUUCCCAACAUCGUCCUCCUCUUCGUCCCCACCAACAACAGUGUCUCCAGUCUCAGCAACUCCACCACCAACGACGUCAUCUUCAGUCUCAGCAACUCCUCCUCCACCAACAACAUCAUCUCCAGUCUCGGGAACUCCAACACCACCAACAACAGCAUCUCCAUCUGGAACACCACCUAGCACAAGUACUCCUCCAUCCGUCUUAAACUCUAGCAGUCCGACUUUAGGAGGAUUCCCUACAAGUUUUGGAGAUAGCCCCCCUCCUGUUUUUGAUACCUCGACAUCUGCUUCAAGUUCUUUGCAGCCUUUUAUUGGCUGCCUUACUGCAGCGGCAUUCAUAAUAACAGGGAAAUUCAUAUUGGAUUAUCAAGAUUUAGCAUUCUGAAUGGAUUAAUGGGUCAGAAGCUCAUCCCUCUACUAGCAUAUCAGUUUUGGGCUAUUCAGACUGUUCUUCACGGUGAAAAAAUUAGCAGAGCUCGCAGUUGUAGUCUGCUCAAGUUUCACUUCGGUUGUCACUAGUUGCACUUUCUACUACUAGCUCAUUAUUUAUGUAGAGAAGGUAUUCUGUUUAAUCUUGUAGAGGUAGACCGGUGGCUUUACCUAAUGUCUAGAAAAGUUAAAUUUGAUCAGAUAAUCAUCCUGCCAUAGUAGGAUUGUCCAAAUAGAGAUGAAUGAAUAGCCCAGAAAUAAUAUAUUUUGUUCUUUCACUUCA